AUGGUAUUGGUUUUACCGGCCAAACGGCGCAACCGACACAGCCUGGCGGGGCCACAGCUCGCCCCCCGCUUGCCCCCCCCCUCCGUCCGCCGCAGCCGCACGAUGCCCCCCAACCUGGGCAACGCCGGGCUCCUGGGGCGUCUUCUGGAGGAGAGGACCUUCUCCACCACCAAUAACGAGCCGGGAGCGGUGAAGAUCGUCUGUGGCCACCACGACUGGAUCGCGGUGGCUUACGCCCAGUUCCUGGUGUGCUACAGGGUGAAGGAGACCUCCGGGUGGCAGCAGGUCUUCUCCAGCCCCCGCCUGGAUUGGGUGAUCGAACGGGUGGCCCUCAACGCCAAGGUGCUGGGGGGGGCCUUGGGGGACCACGACAAGAUGGUGGCCGUGGCCUCCUGCACCGAGAUCAUCCUCUGGGCCCUCCAGGCCGACGGCAACGGCAACGAGAUCGGCGUCUUCCACCUCGGGGUGCCGCUGGAAGCCCUCUUCUUCGUGGGCAACCAACUCAUCGCCACCAGCCACACGGGCAAAAUCGGCGUCUGGAACGCCGUCACCAAGCACUGGCAGAUCCAAGACGUCGUCCCCAUCAACAGCUACGACGCCGCCGGCACCUUCCUCCUCCUCGGUUGCAACAACGGGUCCAUCUACUACGUGGAUGUCCAGAAGUUCCCCCUACGCAUGAAGGACAACGACCUCCUGGUGACCGAGCUCUACCGCGACCCCACCGAAGACGCCGUCACCGCCCUCAGCGUCUACCUCACCCCCAAAACCAGCGACAGCGGCAACUGGAUCGAGAUCGCUUACGGCACCAGUUCGGGGGUGGUUCGGGUCAUCGUCCAACACCCCGAAACGGUGGGUUCCGGCCCCCAACUCUUCCAAACCUUCACCGUCCAUCGCAGCCCCGUCACCAAGAUCAUGUUGUCGGAGAAACACCUCAUUUCGGUUUGCGCCGACUACAACCACGUCCGGACCUGGACGGUGACGCGGUUCCGGGGGAUGAUCUCAACCCAACCUGGAUCCACCCCCUUGGCCUCCUUCAAGAUCUUGGCCUUGGAUGAGUUGGAUGGAGCUUCUGGAGGCGUCGGCACCGACAUCGGACCCUUCGGGGAGCGGGACGAGCAGCAGGUUUUCAUCCAGCGGGUGGUACCGGACGCCUGUCAGGUCUUCGUCCGUCUGUCCUCCACCGGCAAACGGUGA